AUGCCUGUAAUUACUAGAUCUAAAAGUCGUCUCUUAAAGUUAUCGAUUCUAGAGGAUGUAGAGUCACAUAUUUCCUUGAAACAAUCUAUAGUAGUAAACAACACUUCUGCCCCAAAUGAUCCCCUACGAAAGGCUGUUGUUUCCUCAAAACCUGGUCGGCCAAAACGACAACCAAAAAAGUUACAACCAAAAAAGUUACAACCAAAAAAGUCUCAACCAAAUAAGCCUCCUCCUUCAUCUCCAAAAUCGUCAAAAGAAUCUCAGAAGUAUCAAGACUACAACAAAUCCGAAUCAUCUCUAACAAGCAAAAAUCUUUAUUCUUCAAAUCUACCACCAGAUACUUUCACCCACUUCUUCUGCCAAAAGUGUGAUUGCCAACAAGGAGUCUUUAAAGGCCUUGUUAAUAGUUGUACCAAAUGCAAGCAUCAAUUUGACGAUCAUCAUGACAAGAAAAAUCCUUGGAAUCCUAUUUGUGAUUUCCUUUGUGAGAGACAGGAUCUUGUCACCUCGAUUAUGCAGGAAUUACUGAAGACAAGAGUUGUAGUUAUCCGUGCUACCCCUCUAGUAGGCAGAACAGUUCUUCUUCAGCUACUAGACCAGAACAGCACCAGAACAGCACGAGAUAACCUUCCAUAUGAGAAAUAUUUGAAAAAUGCAGAAUCAACAUGGCAACUCAAAAAUGCCGAAAUUCGCCCUCACAAUCCUGCAGCUCAAAAAGUAUUUCUGAUCGACGAAGCUCAAAAUUCUUACGAGGAAAAAUUGUUUUGGAAUCAGUAUUUGAGAAAUUCUAAUAUUAGCUCGCAACCACUAUUCGUACUCGUCAGUCUUUAUGGCGCCUUGGGCGUUUCCAUGAAUCGCGAGAUUCUGGUUGCUUCCCAAGCUAUUCGCAUCGAUUCAUUUCCACGUGUAGAACUGCGUCCAUCUGCGAAUGGUAAUCUGCAUGUGCUCUUUACGCUAGAAGACACUUCCACUAUGGUAAUUAAAUGGGCUACAGUGUAUGGCUUCCAACUUGAGAGUGGUGUAUCUGAAUACCUUCACGCAGCUACUGAUGGUCAUCCGGCUUGUCUCAAUGCCAUCGAAAGAUUCAGUCCAUCUGCUUUACGAGCAAAAUCUCCAAAAUCUCAGAGUAGUUGGGGCAUAUCCGAAACAAUCUUCCAAAACGAGAUUUAUUACUGCUUUAAUGAUGAGCUCGACAAUAUGGAGAUUCUAUCUGAUUAUUCUCAUAGAGAAGAUAAAAGGAUAGAUCUUUAUAUCUUUGAUAAGAAAUGGGGAAUUGAAGUAUUCCAAUCUGGAGAUAAGAAAAGAAUGGAAGAACAUGUGAAUCGAUUCCAGGUUGGAGGUAAAUAUCAUGGAUGGGGCAUCCUCGAAGAUUAUCUCAUUCUGAACUUUUGCCCAAAAUCAUCAAUUCAAGAGCUCGACAUCAAAGAUAUCAAUAUUCAAUCACAUAUUUUGCAAAUCGCCAUUGAUCCAGAGGAAUGUACUGGGGAAAUAUACACUCAUAAUCAAAUACAAACAACAUUGAACUUGAGCAAGGAACGACAUCAAUCCUAUUAUUCUGCAGAUUACGAUAUGGGUUCCGAGGAAUUGGAUGCUUGUAUGGCUCUGCGCGAUCAGAAAAUUGAUGCCAAGAGAAAUGUGGAAAAGAUGGAACGAAAGAAGCAGGAGAUGGAACUAAUGGAGCAGGAGAUAGCACGAUUGAAGCAGGAGUUGGCAAAAAAGGAGCAAGAGAAGCAAUGA